AUGAGAUCGGCCUCGGCUCGUGAGGGAAAUGAGGACUCGGCAGCCUGCAACUGCGGCGAGGACUAUACUCUCAGUCGCAAUGAGGCCGACCAAGUAAAGGACCGCGAAGCUGUAGCAAAGUCAAUUGCCUGUCGUCAUCAGGGAGCAAACCCUGGUGGUUUGCCGGAGGAAAAGGGGCGUAUCGUGGGGCCUGCUUCCUCUCCUGCACCCAAACUGCAGCAGGGCUUCGGAAAUUUGGAUCCCUCCUGCCGCUCGCUAAUUGGCUCCUGCCUGCUACCUCGAGGUUGUGCGACGCCUGCUCACGGGACCAGACUGUGGCUACUCGUUAGAGCCAAUACAGCAUUUACACGACCGUCGUACUCACAAUUGAACCCUUCUCCAGCUUUCAUGCUUCCCCUCAUUUCCUAUUUGGGUCUCAGACACCCGCUUAUGGAGCAACUUUUUCAACUUCUGCAAACCCAGCAUCAACGAUGUGGCCAUCGCGACUUAACGGGACUGGCUCCGAGACAGAACACCAAGCGUUACUCGUUCUCCCCUGGAUUGGCUGUGCUUACUUUCUUCUUCGAACGCAUUCGGAAAGUCCCUAUCAAACCACCAACCUCCAUGCGCCCUUGCGCAAGCCACGAGAAGAAAAUCAAAGAUGCUACAAAAGACACGAGCUAUAUUAGCAUUCAAUCGGAGGAGUCGUUUCAAAUAUUCCUAGAUACGAGACUGGCAAUUAAAAGAAAGUCAUACGGCAUGGGCGUUCAUCAAAAGCAUGACCCUAGUCACAAGCAGCGUGUCGAAGAUGGGCUCCGAUCACAUGAGUUGAAGACUUGCACGUGUCAUUGGCGUUUCAGCAAGCUUUUUCUAUGCAAAUCUACUUACGCUACUGUUCAGUAUGUGGAGCUUCCAUUAACAGGUAGAGUGCCCAGAUCUAUUGUGAAAGUGCGCUCGGCCACCUACCGUUUUCUGAUUUUUCCAAGGAAUUCUGGCAUGUCACUUAUCAUUUCAUUCGGACAUUCUAUGCAGGCCAAAUAG